AUGUCGACUCGUACUCCGCGUAUUUGGCAGAAGGGUAUCCAGAACUAUGUUUUUCUUCCUGAUUUCUGGGUAGCUAUAACUUCAGCACCCGUUGUUGGGCGACAUAAACUGCCUAGAAAUUGUGUGAAGUUCGAAGUGGACCCAAGGAUGACAAAACACGAUAUAAAGGAGUACCUCACAAAAAUCUAUGAUCUUCCUGUAAGAAGUGUGCGUACAGAAGUCCAGAUGGGUGAUAUUACGUGGAGCACACCGAAGGAUUAUCGGAACAGGAAAGCAAUGUGGAAAGAGAAUGACAAGAAAUUCGCAUAUGUUUUUAUGAGCAAGGAUUUCGAAUUCAUUCCUGUGAACGUUCUACCGACUGAUGAUGAACAAGAGCAACUAGAAAAAGUGAAAGAAGAGCAGGAGAAGAUCAAUGUGAACGAUCGUUUCGUAAAUCGUGACAGGAAGAAGAUUGGACAACUGUUGGGCGUUUAG